AUGUCGAACCGAGAACACCUCUCGUCCCCAGCGGACUCCCAGAUGACCGUCGCAGACCCGCAACCCUUCAACCCGGAACGCAAGACCGAGAAGGACCAGGACAGAACCGAUUACUCCUCCGACGAUCAGCACCCUUCCACCUUCCAGCCGUCCGCCGACCCGGAGAAGGCCGCGAAGCCGUCGUAUCCGGGAAGCGACGCCCCGGACGGCGGUCUGACGGCAUGGCUCGUCGUCCUCGGCGCCUGGUGUACCAGUUUCUGCAGUUUCGGCUGGGUCAACAGUGUCGGCGCUUUCCAGGAGUACUACCAGAAUGACCUGCUCAGAAACUACUCGGCCAGCACCAUCUCCUGGAUCCCCUCGCUGCAGAUCUUCUUCAUGAUGGCCAUGGGCCCCAUCAUCGGCACGCUCUACGACAACUACGGCCCCCGCUGGCUCAUCCUCGGCGGCACGAUCCUCCACGUCUUCGGCCUCAUGAUGACCUCCCUCUCGACGCAGUACUACCAGAUCCUCCUCGCCCAGGGCAUCUGCUCCGCCAUCGGCGUCUCCGCCAUCAUGCAGCCCGCCCUCAACACCAUCAUCGGCUGGUUCAACCUCAAGCGCGGCGCCGCCUUCGGCAUCCUCUCCACCGGCUCCUCCAUCGGCGGCAUCGUCUUCCCCAUCAUGGUCACCCGCCUCAUCAAGUCCGUCGGCUACGCCUGGGCCAUGCGCACCUGCGCCUUCAUGAUCCUCGGCCUCCUCAUCAUCGCCAACCUCACCGUCAAGGCCUACCACCCGCCGCGCCCGCAGAAGGUCACGCGCGAGAUGCUGCUCCGCCCCUUCAAGGAGUCCGAGUUCGUCAUGGUCGUCGUCGGCUUCUUCCUCUUCACCUACGGCAUCUUCGUGCCCAUCAACUACAUCCAGGUCCAGGCCCUCGAGGCCGGCAUGUCGCCGGACCUGGCGCAGUACCUCGUCGCGAUCCUCAACGCCGGCUCGCUCUUCGGCCGCAUCUUCUCCGGCGUCAUGGGCGACAAGAUCGGCAAGUACAACAUCUUCGUCGUCGUGUGCUACCUGUCGGCCGUCUGGAUCCUGGCGCUGUGGAUCCCGGCCCAGAGCGACGCCGCGCUGAUCGCCUUCGCCGUGCUCUUCGGCUUCUGCUCCGGCGCGUACGUCUCGCUCAUCGCGCCGCUCGUGGCCGCCAUCUCGCCCUUCCAGGAGAUCGGGUUCCGCACCGGCAUCACGUUCCUGACCAACUCCAUCGGCGGUCUGACGACGAACCCCAUCAACGGCGCGAUCCUGGCCGGGCCGAGCGGCUGGGUCGGGAUCAAGGUGUUUUCCGGCGUGUUUUGUGUUGCGGGGACGACUUUUAUCUUGCUUGCUAGGAUGAAGAGGACCAACUGGAAGGUCUUCGUUGCCUUCUAA